CGUCCUGCCUGGCACAUCGUCGGCUAAAGUGGCGAGAACUGGGAAGGAGACAUCGCCGACGGUAACCCGUUACGUGCCCACCAAACGUAAAUAGUCGCAGGAACGACGGAUCUUGUAAACAGUUGCAACUUUCUGAAACGUCGUGUAUUACGUAUUCUGUGUCGUUCGACGAGAAAUCGCCGUGAACCGAGUGAAUUUCAAGGGUUAGCGGAGUAGAAAGAAACACAAGGAAGGAAUGCUGCUUUCUUGCUGAUAGUAGAACGAGCACACGGGACUGCAGAACGAACAUUGCGAGGAUGAUGAGCUCUAUGCAAACGCAAUUGCCUGGAUCCGUGCACGAUUAUCAAAUCGACCCUUACCGACUUCUCGAUGACGAUCUCAAAGACGUCUACGAGGAUAUACGAGAGGUACUCGUCAGGAACACGACGCAGAAGGAGUUGCAAACUAUAGCGACGUACUAUUUCGACGGUAAGGGAAAGGCAUUGCGGCCGAUGGUAGCAAUUCUCAUGGCACGGGCUAUCAAUUACCAUAAGGAAAGAAAUGGUCUCUUGGCUUCGCAGCGACAAGUGGCGAUGAUCUCCGAGAUGAUCCAUAACGCUUCCUUGAUCCACGACGACGUAAUCGAUCAGCCGGAUUUCCGCCGUGGCAAGCCUUCGAUCAACGUUGUGUGGAGUCAGAAGAAGGUGACUAUGACGGGAGAUUACAUUCUGGCAGUCGCCUCAAUUAUGAUAGCUCAACUGCGAAAUGACAAUGUCACCCUCACGCUCAGUCAGGUUGUGACGGACCUGGUGCAGGGUGAAUUUAUGCAACUUGGCUCGAAGGAGACAGAGAACGAGAGAUUCGCACAUUACCUUACGAAAACAUAUCGCAAGACAGCCAGCUUAGUUGCUAAUUCCUUAAAAGCGGUGACUAUGUUAGCGGAUGCUGAUGAACAAUUGGCUGAAUUAGCCUUCCAGUACGGAAGAAACAUCGGUUUAGCAUUUCAAUUAGUCGAUGAUCUUUUGGAUUUUGUCUCGACUUUGUCAACAAUGGGCAAACCUACUGCAGCGGAUUUGAAAUUAGGUCUUGCAACUGCUCCAGUUCUUUUCGCCUGUGAACGGUAUCCAGAAUUGAACGCGAUGAUCAUGCGUCGAUUUCAAGAGCCAGGGGACGUGGAGAAAGCGUUUGAUCUAGUGCACAAGUCGCAAGGUCUUGACCAGACGAAAUUUUUGGCGCGGAAACAUUGCAUCGAGGCCAUGAAACUUGCACAGUCUUUAGCCGAGAGUCCAUACCAAAAAGGACUGCAAGUGGUCUGCGAUCUAGUAUUGAAUCGCAUGAAGUAGCGAUAGCAAAAACAAGACAAGAUAGAAUUCUGAAUGAAUGUAAAACAUACGGAACAUCUUGAGAAGAAAACUGGUAGUCAUUGAAAAAUUAACGUUGGUUACGAAGGUGGUCGAUUAAUUUAAUUGAAAAAAUAAUGUGCCGUUAAUAUGACAGGUUGUACUGGUUGUAGAGGAAAAAAAAAAAAGAAAAAAAUUACGAACAAACAUGCAGAUGGUCGCGAUAUUCACGUUAAACGCACUCGUGACGAAUGUGUUUGAUCGAUUGUUGAUAAUGAUACUUAUAGUUCUAUAUUUAAACUUGUAUGUUUGUAACAUAAAAGUUUAAGAUGUUUAUAUUUGCGGUAUUGUUAAUGAUAUGGGAAUUUUAUGAGAAACAAAA